UUGUGAUGAAGCUCUUUGCUCAAUUCUUACUUACCAAAGAUCAGUUAUGAAAUUACCAUAUCAGUGAGGCGUGCAUCUGCAUGAUUCAGUCCAACUAUAUGUUGCAGUGGACAGUACUAAAGCUUCCAGAAGCUGAGCAGAGAAUUCACAACUCCCAGCAAUCUACCAUGACAGAUGUGAAAAAUCCCUAUAAUGAAGAUGAUCACUCAAGCCAGUCAUCUGGAUCAUCAUCCACUACAUCAACUUUCAGUGUAGAUGAGACUAAAGAAAAAAAGCCUCAAUCACCACGUAAUAAAUAUCCAAAAAUCAGUCCAAGAAAUAUGCUGCGAACACUAGAAAUAGCAGAAAAAAAUGUACAGACAAAAUGUCCUGAGGAACCUAAAGAAAAAGACAUUAAAAAGGAAGAGGAAGAGGACAAAAACAAAAAUGUUUAUGUGGUAUCCAGAGAGUUUGUAGAAAUAUUGUCUUCUGCCACAGCAGAUAAAGAAGAUUCAGAAUCUCUUGGCUCAGAAAUAGAUGAAAUAAUUGACUCUCCACCUGUAGAGAAAACAAACAAACUGAAAAAUAAACUGAAGGAGUUAGAGAAUGUUACACUUAACAUUGCUAUAACUGGGAUGACAGGGGCAGGGAAGUCUUCCUUUGUCAAUGCCCUCAGAGGCCUUCUUAAUGAUGAUAAGGACGCAGCUCCCACAGGAACAACUGAGACUACCAUGAAGCCCAACAUGUACCCACAUCCCUUCAUGCCAAACGUGAAGAUCUGGGACCUGCCUGGAAUCGGUAGUCCAAGAUUUAAAGCAAAGAAGUACCUGAAAGAUGUUAAUUUCCACACAUAUGACUUCUUUCUCAUAGUGACCUCUGAAAGAUUUAAGGAGAAUGACAUCGAGCUGGCCAGAGCGAUCAAGAAGAGCAAGAAGCUUUUUUAUUUCGUUCGAACUAAAAUUGACAACGACAUUCAUGCAGAAUCAAACAAAAGAAACUUUGAUGAGCGGAUGUUGCUUGAAACUGUCCGAGAGGAUUGUAAAGCAAACCUAUUGAAAGUUGGAAUACCCAAAAUAUUCCUAGUGUCUUCAUUUAAUUUGGGAAAAUAUGAUUUUCAGAAGCUGAUCAACACCCUUGAAGAUGAACUUCCAGAGAACAAGAAAUUUGCUCUCAUUCAGUCUUUGCCCAUUUAUUCUCUAAAGGCCCUCACAAAGAAGAAAACAUACUACAAGAAAAUGAUUUGGCUAAACGCCUUAGCAGCGGGAGUUGGGGCGAUAGCUCCAAUCCCUGGAUUGUCACUGGCCUGUGAUUAUGGCAUCAUGAAGAAGUUUUUUCAGCAAGUCUUCGCAGGCUUUGGUUUAUCAAAUCAGGCUCUAGAGGUGCUAUCAGAACGAGUGAACAAACCGGUGGAGCAGCUAAAAGCCGCUAGGACUUCACGCUUCAAAGAUGGGGCCACUGAGGAUAUUGUGAUUGAUAUGCUGUCUAAACCAAAGAUUGCUAUAGCCAAGACUCUGGGGACUGUAAUGUCUAUGCUGCCAGGAGGAGCUCUACCUGCAGGAGGAACGGCCGUCGCUACUGUACACUACCUGCUUAAUAUGGGACUCAAUGAGAUGGCAGAAGACACCAAACGUGUUCUCUCUGAGUCACAGCUUGCCUAAUAGACAGAAAAACCUCAGAUCAAGAUGACAAAUGAAGCAGAAAACAGUCUUGUAGUACUAAAAAAUAAAUAGAUAAAAUAAUCAUACUAAUUGCACACUGUUUUGUCAUUGUAAUUCAAAUAAAAAUUUUGAAAUGUGAUCAGGAAUGUGCAUUUGACAUUAAAAUGUAAACUACACCUUGUGUCUGUAUAUAUCUGUAUGUACUGCAUAUAUGUUGGGCAUGCAAUGAAUAAAAUACUUAUUGUGUAAAUGA